AUGGUCCGGGUCUACCGAGAGAGCCUCAGCACGGGCAGGGGGAAUGACCCGUAUCAGCUGUGUAACGUGCUGCCGAACGUCUUCUCGCGGGGGCUUGCCCUGCGCUGUGGGUUUUGGCGGGGACGGAAAGGAAAGUCACAGCUGCCUACUUUCCUCGAUGACGAGGAGAAGGACGGCGAGAUGCCGGUGAUUCGGCGCGUGAUGGAGUCCGAUCUGGUGGUGGCCGGGGGCCCGGACAAUAAGGCAACCGUUUUUGACAUUACCGAGGAUGGCAGUGCGGAGGUACUGGAGUAUUUGGAGGGGCAUCGCGAUCGCGUCACCGGUGCCGCCGUCUACAAAUCGGGAAAUUAUCCUAUCAUCGCAACAACCAGCGCCGAUUCCAUCGUGCGUAUCUGGGUUCCUGCUAAAACUUAA